CCUGCCCGUGGCAUAGCCAGCAGCUGAGCUUCAGCCGCCCAUCACCCCGGGCACCCCCACCAGGGACUUUAAACCCAGCCACAGCUCAGCUGUGGACAUGCACAUCAUCCCCAGCAGCACCAUGAGGCCGGGGGUUUUCCUCCUCCUGGGGCUCCUCGUCCUCAGGGCAGAUCUGGGCACUGCACCAGAGGAGACAGGCGGGCAACCGCACAAGCCGGGAAGGUGCCCACGGGAUUUCACACGCUGCUUGCGCCUGGAACCCCCACUCUGUGCCAACGACUCCAGCUGCCCCGGCUGGCACAAGUGCUGCCCCCGGGAGUGCCGGCUCCGCUGCACCCCCCCAGCAGAAGAGAAACCCGGCACCUGCCCGGCAGCGGCCCCCGAGGGACUGUUCUACCCUUGCGCCUUCCCCUGCCUGGAGGACAGGGACUGCCUGGGAGCGCAGAAGUGCUGCCCGCUGCGCUGCGGCGUCGCCUGCCUGGAGCCGCUGCAGGAACGACCCAAACCCGGGGAGUGCCCUGCGGCGCAGUCGGGGCCGUCGGGGACGUGCCGGGAGCGGUGCCGAGGCGACAGCGACUGUCCCGACGCGCAGAAAUGCUGCAACAGCAGCUGUGGCCACCAGUGUCUGCCACCAGCCCCGGUCGUGAAACCCGGCACCUGCCCCGCCAGCCCCGCACCGGACACCGACCGGCCGUGCCGGGAUGCCUGCGCCCACGACAGCGACUGCCCCGGCAGUGCCAAGUGCUGCCCCCUCGCCUGCGGGCUCGCCUGCCUGCCCCCUUCGCACGAGGACGCCAGCCCUGCCCCGGCCACUCCGCAGCCGCUCCACCAGUGGAGGUGCCAUCAGGACCAGGACUGUCCCCCGCCUGAGGUGUGCUGUCACCAGCGGUGCAGCGCGGAGUGUCACACACAUGGACGAGGGGUCCCCACGGCCGACCCAGCCUGGCAGGAGGGGACAAAUUGCUGGAGCGACGGCGACUGCGGCGAUGGGGAGACGUGCUGCGGCGGCCGGUGCGCGGGGUUGUGCAGCGCUGAACACCAAGGGAAGGCCGGCUUCUGCCCGGCCCACGCCGGGCUGUUCCCCACCUACGACUGCAGAGCCUGGUGUCGGCGCGAUGCCGAGUGCCCCGGCGAGCAGAAGUGCUGCCUGCGCGGCUGCGACUACGUCUGCCUGUCCCCGUCCCAAGAGAAACCGGGCAUCUGUCCCCCGGCCGAGGAGACACCGACCGCCGCGGCCCCGUGCGGCCCCUCCUGCGCUGGGGACGGGCAGUGUCCGGGCGCUCAGAAGUGCUGCAGCAGCAGGUGCGGUCACGAGUGCUUGGCCCCCGAACGAGGUGAGGGGACAGUCACUGGGACAGCGGUGCCACACACGGCCGGGCGCGCUGGCAAACCUCCCGUGGGGCAUUGCCCGGGGUGGGGCUGCCGCCGGGCGGGUGCUCAGUCAGGGUGGGUGCCCGCAGCGCGAGGGGUGCCUCUCCCUGCCCCUGCUGCCCCUUCCCGCCCCUUUCAGACAAACCCGGCAAGUGCCCGAAGGUGCGGCCGCGGCGGCCACCGGAGUCGUGCGCGGAGCAGGACUCCUGCAGCCACGACAGGGACUGUCCCCGGCAGGAGAAGUGCUGCUUCUCCGGCUGUGCCAUGCGCUGCGCUCGUCCUGCCAGAGAUCACCCCGGGGAGUGUCCCCCGGCACAGCCCUGCUGGGACCCCCGGCGCAGGCACAGGAGCCGAUGCCUGGACGACAGCGUCUGCCGGCGAGAGGAAAAGUGCUGCGACACCGGCUGCGGCUGGGACUGCGUGGCCAUGCCCAGAGAGAGCGGGGGCGGGGCCAGCAGCUGGUGUGUGCAGGAGUGCGAGGCCGACGCGCAGUGUCCCCGGGGACAGAGGUGCACCAGCACCGGCUGCGGCCGCGUCUGCAUGGAAAUUCCCGGAGGUAGAGUGGGAGUGUGCCCCAUCCCCAGGGAGGGGGGAACGUGCCUGGACCUGUGCAGCUUUGACGAAGAGUGUCCCUGGGGCCACAAGUGCUGCAGCAACGGCUGUGGCCAUGUCUGCACAGCAGCCUCUCUGCAAGAAUAUGAUGCCACAGUUGUGCCACAGCAUGGUGCCAAGCAGUGCACAGAGGAGUGCGAGGCUGACUCGCAGUGUCCCUGGGGACAGAGGUGCACCCGCACCAGCUGCGGCCGCGUAUGCACGGACACCCCUGGAGGCAGAGAAGGAGCGUGCCCUGUCCCCAGGGGCCGUGGGACAUGUGUGGAGCUGUGCAGCCUCGACGAGGAGUGUCCCUGGGGCCACAAGUGCUGCAGCAACGGCUGCGGCCACAUCUGCACACGGGUGCUUGGUGAUCCUGCGUGACAGAAGAGCAGCAGCUUGGUGGCAGGCAGACACUUUCGUUGGGGGACUAAGGGUGGUCACAGGUCCCAGCUGGCCUGUCCCCUCCCUACCACCUCCAGCAAUAAAGCACACACAUGGCUGCCUCCAGCCACUCCUCAUUCUCAGCAGUACCAGGCCGGCACCACCAGGCCCUGGGACAGGCCCUUGUGUUCCUGGAGCAGCCCCAGCAGCACCUGGGGCUCACUGGGGAAGGGAUGAUCCCACCAGGGGUGGUGUUACAGGGCCACUGAUGAGGUGCAGGCACAGCCCUGGGGCAGGCUGUGGGACGGGUACCACCCCAGGCAACCACUGAAAUGGGAGCUGUUCCUCCAUUAGGUUGCUUUAGUGCACAGCCAGGUCACAUCAGCAGCUUGAGUGCAGAGCCGGGGCUGGGAGCCCAUCCAGAGGAAGCAGGAGCUGCGGGGUGGUGGCUGGUCCCAGCAAGGGAGAGUGACCCAGAGGGACGGGCACUGUCUACUCCUGCCCGCACAGGCAGGAAGGACAAGACCCAGACGCACUCAUCCAAGGACCCGUCCUUGUAUUGAAUGUCACAGUCCCAGGGCAGGGCUGGGCUCCUCUGGCCAGGCACCAUGAGUGCAUGUCACUGCCCUCGGGCCGGUGAGUGUCCCCGGGCAGGGCACGGCCCCCAGUACAGCCAUCCCCAGCAGCAGUGCCCGUCACUGCCAGCCACAUGGGGAUGGCUCCCUGUGAGGACAGGGAUGUGGCCGCCAGCAGCAGCUUCCCCGAGGCAGGGGCCGUGCAGAGGCCGCAGCACUCACUGGGCUGGCACUAUCCAGCACCUGGAACUGAGAGAUGGCUGGUCAGGACUAGGGAUGGGGUGGGCAUCGCCAGGGCAGGAGCAGCCGCCAGCCGCGGCUCCUGGCACCCAGCUAGUUACCGGCGUGGGAGCAGGCCUGGAAGCACUCGCUCUCAGUCUUGAAGUUGUUCCUGUUGCCACCGCAGCCACCGUAGAUGAACUCCUCACACUGAUGGCUGGUGGUGUUGAAGAAGAAGCGGCGGAAAAGUGCCUUGCAGUUCCCACAGACAGAGGGCAAGUAGCAGAAAUCUGCACAGCCAAGGGGCUUGAGCUGAGCUGGGGGUGGGACAGGGACACUGCCGGGCUUAGUGCUCCCAGGCUCCCCAGAGAAGUCCACACAGCUCCAGUCCCUCUCACCACUGAACCAUUCCCACCAGCAACCAAUUCUGUCCCCACCUGCCCCACAGCCCCACACACCAGCAGCCCAGGUGCUCCCCCACGGCACAGUGUGGUGCCCCCGGGGUCUGCACGACCUGGCACAGGGGCACCUCAGAGAACCCCCUUCCUGGUUUACUUGGCUCACCCCUGUGCUCACCACGCUGCCACUCCAGAGCCCCACCGCUUCAGCAAGGAGCCCUCACCCAUCACCGGGUCCUGGCACGUGUAGCCACACUUGCUGGGGCAGCACUUGGUGGCACCAGGACAGCUGGCAUCGCCGGUGCAGUGGGGACUAGAGGUGUCCGUGCGGCAAGAGCCGCAGUCCUCGGCCAGCAGGUCCUCCACCUCCGCGUUGUGGUAGCAAUACCCGGGCUUGACUGCAGGACAUAGCGGCUGGGAUGCUGGGAAAGGCCAAGCAGCCCCCCAACGCCCCAGAGCCGGACCCCCACCGGCCGCAGCCCCGUGCCCGCCCGGACCCCGACACCACGCAGGGCAGCGGGGAGCACCGGGUGGCAGCGGCAGCUGCAGCAUCCCUGUCCCCGGUUCGAGCCCGGGCGCACUCACCCGUCCCCCGCUCCUGUUUUCCAGCUGGGCGGGCGGUCGGGCCAGACCAUGCGGCGAGGGGUAGCAGGGCUGCGAGGAGGAGGAGGAGAAGGCUGGGCGACAGCUCCAUGGUAGCCUGGUCUGGGCCCGGGUGCGGCGGGCCGGGAUUUAAGGUGCGUCGGCAGGGCGGAGGGAGCGGGGCCGGCGCCCGAGCCCGGCUAAUUCCUGCCGUGCGGGUAACGAGCCGCACCCAGGCAGGGCCCGGCGUCCCGGCCGCAGCCCUGCACCGGGGCAACCGGUAGGACGGGACGGCUGCCCCGGCGGAGCCCGCGGGGAGCCCGGCCGGGCGGCAGCGCCGGGCGUGGGCUGGGGGCAUCGCCGGCACCCGCCCGCAGCCCCUUGGGGACGAGCCGGGGAUGGGGACGGGCAGUGGGAGGUCGGCAGAUGAUCAGCCGGGGCAGGGGCUGGGCACCGCACUGCUCUCCCUGCGCUGCGGAGCCUCGGGGAACGGCCGUGCCCCUUCCCCGCUUCCUCCCGCCUUCCCUCCCUGUUCACGGCGGGCAUCCCGGGCGGGACGGUCCCGCACACGGGGCUGAGCCCGUGGGUACCACCUCGUCUGCCAGCCAUCUCUGCUGUGGAAGGGAUGUCUCGCAGGACGGUCCAACGGCCGCACCGUGCCGGCCUGGGGGGCAUCCCCUGGAAACGGGACACAGCUCGGGGUCCGCAGCCCGGCAGCGCGGGGCUCUCGGCGAUGGGCUGGGCGACAGGUGGGUCCCCGGCAUCCCGCCGGCACCUGCGGGAGGGCGUGAGGCGAAACCUGCUGAAAGCACGGAGAAACAGAUUAAGCUGUUCCCAUUCAACAGGAAUGAUUGUCUUCCUAA